CGAUUAUAUAGCAUUGAGGGCAAUGCCAUACAGAACAUCUCUGAUACAUUCUGAUAUCCAAAAUGCAUUCCACGAACGAUGAACAGUCCAACAGCCACACCAACGAUCAUCAGCCACCAAUCGGACCUCGGCUAUUCUCCGUCAAGCAACCACCAUCACUGGACGAGUUCAAGAAACUUACAACGAAGUCCGUUCCAUGUCACUAUCCACUAGCAAGCAAAAUCGAAGCGAAUGUGCCGAUCUAUGACCUGCCCGACUAUACUACGCUCUCUUCAGAACAACGCUCAGCAUUACAGAAUGAGUUUUACCACAUACUGCUUUCCGGGCCAGGCGUGUUUGUCACCAAAGGUCUUUACAAAGAUACAUUUUUUCUCGAAAACGUAAACAAGGUGUACGCAAACAUCAUCGCGGAAGAAAAGAAAGUAGCCGGCAGACGCGGCGACCACUUUGCUGGGGCCGGCGCGAACGAUCGCAUUUGGAACUCCGUUUCGAAACACUGCGAGAGAGACCCGGAGUCAUUCGUGCAGUACUACACGAAUCCAUGGCUACCUUUGAUAUCUGAAGCAUGGCUCGGCCCACACCACCGCCUUACGGCACAAGUCAACAUCGUGAAGCCGGGCGCGAAGGCCCAGAUAUCGCACAGAGACUACCACAUUGGCUUCCAGGACAACGAAUCUUGCGCUAAGUUCCCCAAGGCGAUGCAAGUUGCGUCACAGUUUCUCACGCUACAAGGAGCUGUCGCACACUCAGAUAUGCCAGUGGAGAGCGGGCCGACGCGAUUGCUGCCGUUCAGCCAAAAGUUUGAAGAAGGAUACAUGGCAUACCGUCUGCCUGAAUUUCAAGACUACUUCCUUGAGAAGUAUGUUUCGGUGCCACUAGAAAUGGGCGAUGGCCUCUUCUUCAAUCCAGCGCUGUUCCAUGCCGCGGGUCAGAAUGACUCGGUCGAUAUCAUGCGUUCUGCCAAUCUACUUCAGGUUUCAUCAGCCUUUGGUAAACCGAUGGAAACUAUCGAUACACACGCACUUGUUGAGAAGACCUGGGAUCAAUUGUUGGUAAUGUAUGAACAGCAUGGACUAAGCGAUGAGCUUAGAGCGCUUGUCGGCGUUGUCGCUGAAGGAUACCCUUUCCCAACCAAUCUUGACAGGAGGGUACCCGAAGCGGCUGGCAUGGCACCCGAGAGCGAACAGGACAUACUAGUUAAGUCCCUCAAGGCCGGAUCGGAAAAGCAAACAGUGUUGGAAACCUUGAGGAAGAUGCGAGAAGAGUCCAAGGCCUGAUGUCGUAUUUUGUGUUCUCGCCCAGUGGUUCACAUGGAUGCGCGACAUCACUUUCAGCAACAAUGUUCAAAUGACAAAUC